AUGGGUUCGUCGCAGCCGAACAACGGCAGCAGACUGCCAUUUGGUUACCUAUCCGAGGACCCGAACUCUGACCCGUCCAUCUUCGACUUCCUCCCUGACCCGCCACCCGAUCCUGCCCCUGGCAACCCCAUUCUCACCACGGCGGAAGAGAAUGGCCUCGCGAACAUCUUGGCUGGGAUCGUUUCGAACGGCUAUGGCGAGCAGAACUUUGGCGAGGGAGUCAUUGGGGACGAGUGGAUGAUGCCUCCAUCCCUGAUGGGCACCGCUACGUCCUUCGGUCUUCAUCCUCAAAUAUCCAUGCCGGACCAUCUUCUCAACAACGCUUUUUUCCAGACAACCACCCCUCAGACUUUCGCGACAGGCGAUUCCCUACUUGCGUCAGCUCCACCCGCAACAACGACACCAAACGGCUACGCUGGUCCUGGUCCUUCGCACUCAACCUCUUCACCCGUCACAGGCGCACCGCCAAACGCUUACACCUCGGCAGUUGCUCCACUCACCAACCCUUCUCCCACACACCGUCACUCAAUUGAUCAGCCACAACCAUCGGAGGAUGUCCUGGCGGCAGCCAAUGUGCUCCACAGCGGAUCUCACGGCCGGUCUCAUAGUGUGCAGCACGAAUCGAUGUUCUCAAAUGCCCAGCAAAGAACAAAUACCAUGGGUCCUCCGGUCGGCCACUUGAGGCACCAGCAAUGGAGCGAGUUCAAGCAAGAAGGACGGCGCAUGUCACAAUCUACUCACGCUGCUGAGCAAGAAGCGGCCUUCGCCACCUGGAUCUACGGUUCUGAGGCCCAGUCGAGCCAGAGAAAUGAUGCACCACGGGCUCCGGUAGACUUGCAGUAUGGUUCGGAUCAGAACUUCAGCAAUAACAACCAUCCCUUUAUACCUCCAAGCGAAAAGGACAGCUCAGAAGCCAUACAAAAAGAGCACAUGCGGUACUUCAGCGCGAUAGAACUGUCCAAGAGUGCAAACACAACGCGGCCGACAAGUCCGACCAUAAACGCCGAGGGGCUUCCUUUUAACUUGAAGACCCGUGUACCACCUCCCAUCAAGAUCGAGGCGAACGGCGAUGGUGGGAAGAAAUGGCGCAAGGGCAAGCGCGAUGAGGAUGAGGACGAUGAAGAGCCACAGUCGGCAGUGUCAAAGACAUCUGCACGAAAACGGAAACAAAAAGCCGACCUUGCCAACUCCCCUGGUGGUGCCGCCGACGGCGCGGGGUCCGGGAAGCGGAGGAAAUCGUCUGCUGCAGCCAAGAGAGAAAAUUUGACGGAGGACCAGAAGCGUGAGAACCACAUCAACAGCGAGAAGAAGCGAAGAAAAGUCAUCCAGACUGGAUUUGAGAAUUUAGCGGUCAUGGUUCCUGCUAUUAAGGGUGGCAACCCGAGCAAGAGCGCUAUGCUGGAGGCUGCAGUCGCGUGGCUAGAGGAAUUGUUGGACGGCAACGAAACCCUCAAGGGUCAGUUGUCCCAGCUUUAG